AUGAACUUUCAAGACAUCUCGAAACCUACCAGCGCCAGUGCUGGCAAUACCGACAUAACCAGUGGCCUGUCUCAUUCUAGUGGAACGCGUCACCACCCACAUCACCUUCAGUUGCCACCCCUUUCUCUGUCUCAGGCGAAACAAUCGCCUUCCAUUCAGCAGGCGUUGGUGGUUGACACUAGCUCAAGUGGACUUGGAAUUCCUGGUAGCAGUGGUGGAGCAUUUGGGAGAUCUGCUGGAACUGCAGAGACCGAGCAUCCUUCAUCUGCGUUUAUGCUAUCCUCCCCCAUAUCUCUUGGUUGUAGUUCGUUUUUGCCCCUUCGGCGUAGUUUUGCUGGACCUGGAAUCACUUCUGAGUUAGCUGCUAAUCUAAACCAGGGGUCGAAUAAGCGCGUUGUCCCCACCGUUUUCAGAUGGAAUGGAGGCGGUGACGAGAUAUAUCUCAGUGGCACUUUUAACGGAUGGGAAAAAGAGAUCAUGGUCAAGCGGUAA